CAUCAUGCACUUGUGUUACAACACGGAAGUGUUUACGACCUCUACACUUGAGAAGAACACGGUUUUAAUUUUUACUGAACAUAAAACUUCUGGUGUCGGGGAUUUUAUCUAUACAGAUGCUGUUGUCAUGGCGACCCGUGCCUCCUUGUAUGGCGUUAAGAAGACAUGCUUCUACAAUACAAGCUGGUGUACAGAGAUUUGUUCCUGCGAGUGGCUCAGUCGACUCCAGUGCUUUGGAGCAGCUCCAGGCUUUCGUGUCACAAGCUUCACGUCUGUUUAUAAUCAGCGGUGCCGGACUCUCCACUGAAUCUGGAAUCCCAGACUAUCGGUCAGAAGGUGUUGGACUGUAUGCACGAACAGACAGACGGCCUAUGCAACACUCCGAGUUUGUGCGCAGUGCAAAAGCAAGGCAGAGAUACUGGGCGAGGAACUACAUGGGGUGGCCGCAGUUCUCUUCACACUCACCGAAUUCAGCUCACUUUGCCUUAAGGGACUGGGAAGAUAAAGGAAAAUUGCACUGGCUUGUCACUCAGAAUGUAGACGCGUUGCACUUAAAGGCUGGACAUCAGAGACUAACUGAACUUCAUGGAUGUACACACAGGGUUGUGUGUUUGGGCUGUGGACGUUUGACUCGGCGAGCGGACCUUCAAAAGCAGUUUGCAGCUUUAAAUCCAGGCUGGGCAGCAAGUGCAGGUGCUGUGGCUCCAGAUGGAGAUGUGUUUCUGGAGGACGAGCAGGUCCUGCACUUUAGAGUACCUGCUUGCGAAGCCUGUGGCGGCAUCCUUAAACCUGACGUGACAUUUUUUGGGGAUGUAGUCAAGCGGGCAACGGUAGAAUUUGUCCAUAACAAACUGGCAGAGUCUGAUGCUGUUCUUGUGGCUGGAUCCUCUCUACAGGUUUAUUCAGGGUACCGUUUUCUCCUUGCAGCCAGUGAAAGAAAAUUACCAAUUGCAAUUGUUAAUAUAGGACCUACAAGGGCCGACCACCUUGCUCAGGUCAGACUGAGCGCUCGAUGUGGAGAAGUGUUGCCAGCUAUUCAACUCAGUUGAUAGGGGAGUAUUACAGACCUCAAUUUUUUUCUUCCCUGGCUCUAGUACCUAUAUUCGUGGUCUCAACCACAAUUAUCUAAUCCAUGUUUUAUAGUCCACAACAUGAUAACUUUGGUUUGUGUCUGGGCUGCUUGCAUAUUUAAACUGAACUCUACCUCACUGUGCAAAGAAUUACUUUAACAUAUAUUUUAUUAGCCUUCUAGACAAUCUCUUAUAUCCAUGUACUGUAUACUUACAAAUUAUUACUUGUAUUGAAAGACAACGUCAAUGCAUCUGUAGCACUGUAGCUUUAAAAAUGUACUGUUUGAAUCAUGACUGAAAAGCAGUCAUCAACCCCCAAUAAUAAAUAGUGGAAACAUGCCACGAAAGUCAUAUCUUAUAUAAUAGGUAUAGACUUCUAAGCCUUAUUUUAAAACACUGGGGCUCGGUUUUACAAGUCUUAGAUUUAAAGGUGCAGUGUGUAAUUUUUAGAAAGAUCUUUUGACAGAAAUGCAAGAUAAUAUGUAAAACUAUAUUAUCAGGGGUGUACAAAGACCUUUCAUAAUGAACCAUUAUUUGUUUAUUACCUUAGAAUAAGACAUUUUUAUCUACACACACAGAGGGUCCCCUUACAUGGAAGUCGCCAUUUUGGGCCGCCAUGUUUCUACAGAAGCCCUAAACGGACAAACUUUUUUUUUUACUAAGUUGUCUCCGAUGAUGACAUGUUUGUGAGGUGGUGGCUACAGUAGCUUCUCUGUAUUUCAAAAGCAAGUGGUGAGCAGUGGACUGAGCCAUUGGCUGCAAUUCACAACUUCACCACUAGAUGCCGCUAAAAUUUACACACUGCACCUUUAAGUAGCUUUUAAUGUGACAAUGAAACUACUGGAUUGUGAGACUAAACAGUGGCACUUGUAUAUUUUAAGAUAUGUCAGGGCAAGUUGUGUCCAGACAGCUCAAACAAGGCUUAUGACAUGUCUUCAAAACCUACAUUUUCUGAUACCAGUGAAUGUACACCAAUGUUGUUUACUUUUGUAAACUAUUGGAGUUUAAACAUGUCUAAAUAAUAUUUUGUUCCACCUAAUAAAUACAUUAUCUGAAAAGGACUUUUAGUAUGCUUGUAUACUUUUAGGACUUGUAUAGCCUACUUUACAGUAUGCUUAUAAGUAGCACUAAAGGAUUCAGAAUCAGGAUUUAUCCUAAUCUAGGAUUAAAAGGUACCCUGGCUAUAACAAAUAAAAACAGAAAAUAAAACUGUACCAAUGUCAUAGUUUUAAUAAACUUGAAAAAAAAACACUUAAUCAGAGGCUGCUAUUUUUAUGACAUCAAAUGGUUGCAAUAAAACCCGUUCUAUUAAUGCUACAGCAAGGUAAAUAUGAUAAACAAAUCUUCAAAUAGUGCUAGAUUAUAAAAUAAUUUACCGUAAAACAAAAAAUGAGAGUUAUAAACGCACACAGACAGCAGGUGGCAGUAUUUGGUUCGCAUUUCAUUAAAAAUACAGCAUCUUCUGUUCAGCCCUUUCACAGAUAGCAACAUAAUCAGUAAUACAUUAAACAUACGAAUGAAGAUCAACAUAAAGGAGAUCUGAUAGAUAAGAAUGUGUAAGUGGGAAAUAAAAAAUACUCACAUGAAAAACUAGAGAAUUUAACAUGGUAUUUAUUUACUAUACUAAAUUGAAGUAAUAUUUCACAACAACCAUUAGACGUCAUCAAUUUUAGAACGCACGACAUAAUGGCGGCCUCCAUAGGUUAAAAUGAGUAUUACAUGUUGGUUUUCUUUUUAAAGUUAUGAAAAUAUUUAAUGUGUUUCCAUCAAUG